AUGAGCUCCAUCGGUACCGGAUACGAUCUGUCUGCUUCUCAAUUUUCGCCUGAGGGCAAGGUUUUCCAAAUUGAAUAUGCAUACAAAGCCGUGGAAAAUAGCGGAACUGCUGUUGCACUUAAAGGCAAAGAUGGUGUCGUAUUCGCAGUUGAAAACAUUGUUCUGUCUAAACUUUAUGAGCCUGGCUGCGUAAAACGGACCUUCUCAAUUGACGAACACAUUGGGAUGGUGGUAGCUGGUCUUCAUUCAGAUACAAAAGCCCUUGUUGAGAUUGCAAGAAAUGAGUGCACAAGUUACAGGGAGAACUUUGGGUCACCCAUUCCUGUCAAGUCACUUUGUGAACGCAUUUCGAUGCACAUGCAUGCGUACACACUUUACAGCGCCAUUAGACCUUUCGGUGUUUCCAUUCUUCUCGGAUCAUACGAAAAGGACGGUCCUCAUCUUUAUGUCAUUGAACCUUCUGGAAUGUAUUAUGCUUAUGAGGGCUGUGCCAUUGGAAAGGCAAGGCAAAACGCCAAAACUGAGUUGGAACAAAUCAAACUCGGGGACAUGAACAUUCAGCAACUCAUUAAAGAGGCAGCGAAAGUUAUUUACACCGUACACGAUGAAAUCAAGGAUAAGAACUUUGAAUUGGACCUCAGUUGGGUUGGAGCCAAAACUGACAGUCGUCACCAGGUCGUCCCCCCUGAAGUUCAUCAAGAGGCCGAGGACUACGCGAAACGCUCUCUUGAGGAAUCCGGUGAUCUUGACGAAGAAAUUGGCAUGUUAUAA